AUGAUGAUCAUGGGCAUGGCAUGGCAUGGCGCAUGUCGAACGGAAUCGAUCAUAAAAAUUGAAUUUUAAAAAAUCUACAAACAGAUAGAACUUACAUAAAUGCCGCCCGAGAUUAAAAUACUUCCCUCUGUGAUUAAACUAUAUUCCUCUCUCUGAUUCUGUGUAGAAUCCUGACUUCAAUUUCUAUCUAUUUUGUAAGGCGGUGGCGUCGUUGAGUUUUCUUGGUCGAUGCUACAUGUACGCUGCGAGCGCGAGAUUCCGCUGGCGGAAAUCAUUAUUGAGCUUCGCCGAAACUCCCGGGUCAAAAUAUGUCUCAGAAAAUGACUAUGCAUGAUGCGAUGACGCACGCCCAAUAUUUAUUUGGAAGUGAGCCAUCUCUUGGUUAGAGUUUGAAAGCUGGAAAGACAGGCCCACGUCCAGAAACUUUUCUUUUAAAAGUUCUAAUUUUGUCAUUACAGCUAUGGCAUUGUCAAUGAAGAAAGCCACAGGUGGUGAUGAUGAUGUGAAUGUCACAUUUGAAGAUCAGCAGAAGAUCAACAAGUUUGCAAGGAAGAGUAAUAAACUUGGAGAAAUCCAGGAUGAAAUUGCAAAUAAAAAGAAAGAUCUUCAGAACCUGGAGGAUGCGAGCGAUGAAUUGGUCCUUGGAGAUGAUGAUGCUUCCAUACCGUAUCAGAUCGGGGAGGUGUUCUUCAACCAGAGUCUGGAAGAUGCCCAGCAGUCGGUAGAGGAUGCUAAGACGAGGAUGGAGGAGGAGAUCGCUGGCUUAGAGGGCCAAGGAGAUGCUCUGAAGGGAGAACUAGGAGAUCUCAAGGCUCAGCUUUAUGCCAAAUUUGGAAAUAACAUCAAUUUGGAGAUGGAUGAAGAAUGAUGAAGGAUCUUUGAAUUUUUGGACAGUGUUUAGAAACUGAGAUGCAAUGAACUGAGAAGGAUAAACUACUUGUGGUGUGUGUUUGUGAAUAUGUAUUGCUAUGCCUUGCUUGAUUCAUUUUGAACAGCAGUAGUAUCAGUAAGGCAAUUGUUGUGACAACAUUACUUUUUUAUUUUCUAUUGUUUUGUGAGUAUAUUUAUGUGAAUGAUUAUAGCAUGUCUAUAUCAGUCUCAGAUAUGUGAGGAAUUUUAUUGACAAAACAGAUGGUAUUUCAAAGUAAUAGAAGCAUAAUUCCAGUAAUAUUGAUACAAAUUGAAUUUGAUAAUUCUGUGAAGGCAGUUAUUCAAACUUAAUGUGUUAUAAUGUUUUUCUUGGUUUUAGCCUUUUUCACCCAAGCUGUUAAAGAGAUUGAAAUGUUAUAUCUUUCAAUUGGAUAGUAAUGUUGCAUUAGAAACAAGGAGAAAUGUAAAUGGUCCUAUAUAACUAAAUGGUUUCCAUCAGGGGGGGGGGGGAUAGUAAAUCCUCAUUCAGAUAUAGACGGUGGUUCAUGGUGGUUCGCCCCUGAAGUUUGAUGCAGACAAUUCCCUUUAUUAUGAAGUUUUGGCCAUUUCGCUUUCAGUGGGUUACACAAUUUCUUUUAAAAUUGUGCUUGCCUAACAAAGCAGCAUGAACCUUGUUGUAACCAAGUUAAACAAAUUGGCCAAACUCUGUAGUAAAGGGCUCUGAUCGCAUCAAACUUCGGGGCACACCGCUAUUAACUGCCAUCAGUACCGACAAUGUGUAAUCACCCUUUGCGAUUAAAGAACAAGUCCACCCCAACAAAAAGUUGUUUUUAACGAAGAGAGAAAUAUCCAUCAAGUACAAUACUGAAAAUUUCAUCAAACUCGGAUGUAAAAUUAGAAAGUUAUAGGAAAAAAUAUGAAAUAUUCGAAUUUUCUCCUCAUUUUCAAGUGAAAUAACAAUUCCUCCCUGAACAUGUGGAAUUAGCAUUGUUUAAUACUAUAUGGUUCAGUCAAGUUGGUCCUUAUUGUUCAAUCUGCAAAAAAUGAAAUAAUUCAAACAAUUAAAAAAAAGGGGGAAAAAGGAAGAAAUAGUGAGUGAGGGACAUCACCGUCUGUCUGAUUUGCAUGUCACUGAGUUGUGUAUAUCACUGUUUUGUGAAAAAUAAGCGAAACUUUAAAAUGUCAUAACUUUCUUAUUUUACAUCCGAUUUUGAUGAAAUUUUCAGUGUUAUGCUAGUUUGAUUUUUUCUUUAUUUAUUCAAACUUUGUGGUUUGCUAAUCAAACCUUGUUACUGUAAUAAAAUCUUAUUUUAUUAGGGUUAAAAAGACAGCAUUUAUUAUGUUAAAAAAAUAAAAAUAGAUUUUGGAAUAGAUUACAAUAAUUUUCCUUAUAUGAGGAUACAUACAUCUAAUUCUAUAGUCAUCAGGAAUUGAGAAUUACAGCUUUGGAUAUAUUUGAGUAUGUGAGGCUUUCGUUAAUAAAUGUAAAUGACAGCCAAAAAAACAA